CGAAAGCAGUGAGAGAGGCUGAGUCCGCCGUGGGUUUGCUUCGCCAGUUUUUUUGUCCCUAUUAUCUAGAAUAAGCUCCUCCGGACCGCCACCACAGGUUUUCAACUUUCCUUUCUUUUUUUUCUAAAAAAGAUUGGCAAUUCAGCCACCUGUAUCAAUCUGCCAUGAACGUUGCUUUCUAUGUUUGCUGGAUAAGACUUGGUAGAUUUCGCAGUUCUUUUCAUCUCCCUCCCUGACCUCUUUCCGUUACCUGCAUUGUCCAAACCUAGCCCUAAUACGACGCCGUUGGACCUCUUCUCUUUCGCUUUCUGAAAUCUUUACCACCUCUGAAGACAUCUCUCUCUGCAAUCUCCCUCCUUUUUUUUUUUUUAACAGAAUGGAGGAUACUGAAAUGCCGAGUCAAGAUCAAGAUUUGGCGGGUGGCUCUGAUGUCAACCUUGUUGAUGCCAGUGUUCAGGAGGAAGUAUCAACAGACCCACUGGAGCAUCAAAAAACCAAUGAAAAUGGGAAAGUAUCUUCUGAGGAUAAGAUUGACACAUUACCGAGUGAUGUUCCUAUGAGCGAGAAUGAAGUUGUACCUGAUAACAAAACUACACUUGAUGCCAAUAUCAAUGAUGAAGUUGGUAAUGAAGUACCAGAAAAGAUAAUGGAUGGAGAUGCCACCCAUGUUCAUACCCAGCUAGAAACUGUUACUCCCCCUCCUCAUAGAAAGUAUUCAACUCCUAGACCAAAGCAUGAGAGUGUUAAGACCAAGAGUGUGUGGACUGACGUUGAGAUGGGGGAGGCUGACGAAUCAGGCACCCCAGAGGAGAGAGCAGCGUUCAUGAGAGAGCUGGAAACCUUUUACAGGGACAACGCCCUGGAAUUCAAGCCCCCUAAGUUUUAUGGAGAGCCAUUAAACUGUCUGAAGUUAUGGAGAGCUGUCAUCAGACUGGGUGGCUAUGAAGUGGUCACUGCUUCCAAGUUGUGGCGGCAAGUAGGCGAGUCUUUCCAUCCCCCCAAGACCUGCACAACAGUUUCUUGGACAUUCAGAAUUUUCUAUGAGAAGGCACUUUUGGAAUAUGAAAAACAUAAGACGCAAAUUGGAGAGCUUCAACUCCCUGGUUCACCCCUUCAUCAGCCUUCUGUUGUAGAAAAGGAGAUUCAUUUGCAGGUAAGUGGCUACCAAGCACCAGGAUCUGGAAGGGCAAGAAGGGAUGCAGCAGCUCGUGCUAUGCAGGGUUGGCAUGCCCAACGCCUUCUUGGAUAUGGCGAGGUUAGCGAGCCAAUCAUUAAGGACAAGAACCUGAAUUCUGCACCAAGGCGUGAAAAACCCCUAAAAAGCAUUGGUAUGCAUAAACAGAAGACUAAUCUGGAGCAUUCCGAAAAAAUUGGAAAUAUUGAAACAGAUAAAGAACUGGAAAUGGAAAUUGUUGAUGUUGGACCCCCUGCUGAUUGGGUGAAGAUUAAUGUGCGGGAAUCCAAAGAUUGCUUUGAGGUGUAUGCUUUAGUCCCUGGUCUUCUGCGAGAGGAGGUGCGAGUUCAAUCAGAUCCUGCUGGACGCCUGGUUAUAACAGGUCAACCUGAGCAGCUUGACAAUCCUUGGGGUAUAACACCAUUCAAGAAGGUCAUAAGCUUACCUACAAGAAUAGAUCCACUUCAGACGUCUGCUGUUGUUAGCCUCCAUGGUCGGCUCUAUGUUCGUGUUCCUUUCGAGCGAGGAUCAGCUUGAGAUGAACAGUUUCAUGGGUAAACAAUUUGCAUCUUUGGGGAAGACGGCAUGAAGCUCGAAGUUCCAAUGGGAGCACUGUCUAGACAUUUGUUUUCUUUUUAAAAUAGUUCAAACCACCAGACUUUGUUGAAGCAAUUCAUCUUAUGUGCAAUUUACAAAUUAGUUUCAGAAAA